UUCUAGUGCUUCUGCCCUGUUAAUGGGCAGCCCAAAGCGACCGACUUCCAGUGUACACAGCACAGUGAUGGCAAAUACUUCCUGCACCAUCACUCCCAGUAGCCCACCCAAGAUUUCGCCCUCUAGACGUGAAGGAGAAGUCGGGAGCCCGAGGAGGAGCAGCACCUCUAGGAAACAGCACACUGAUAACAUAUUGGAAGAAUAUGCUCAGCAAGUCAGGGAUCUGCAGAAGAAGCUAAACGAAGCUACAGAGCAGCACGAGCAACAGAAGCUCACUUUAAGGGAAACGGUCAUCGAGUUGCAGACAAGUCUUCGGGAGGCGAAGAGGGAGAAAGACUCCCUUUCUGACCUCAGAAGAAGAGAAUCCCAAACCACUGAGGAUGUCUGUGCCCAGCUGCGAUCCACGAUCAAAGAGCUGGAAACAGCCAAUCACCUUCAGGAGGAGAUGCUGAAGGAAGCCAACAGCCAAACUGAGCAUCUGAAGUCGAUGCUACAGGCUCAUGAGGAUGUGCUCCAGGAACUCCGGAAUAGCCUGGUAGAAUAUGAACAGAACUCCGGCAAGAAGGCCUAUGAACAGGAGAGCAUCUCCAGUCUCCACUUCCGCAACCUUCCUGCAGCUGUUAUUAAAAUCCUACGAGAUCUCCAGGCGGAGCUGACGCACGUCAAAGGGAAGAUUGCCCCACUGGAAGAACAGCUGGAAGCGAUGAAGAAAGAGUCAGAGUCCAACACGCAAAUGCUGCUUCAGCAGAAUCAAGACAGCCUUGAAAGACUGAUAAGUGAUCACCAAACGGAGCUGGAGGUGCUGAACGAAAAAGCGAACGCUGCGCACAGUCAUGCUUCUAAUAUCCAAAGCCAUUUGGAAAUAAUUCAUGAUCAAGCAAGAAACCAGAGUUCACUGUACAUGAGACAGAUCAAUCAGCUGGAAGCCACAAUUUCUCAGCUGAGUUCUGAGCUUCGAGAAUCAAGGAGAAUGUAUGAAGACAAGAUUGAAGAUCUGGAAAAACAGCUCCUUCUGGCUCAUUCUGAGAUGUCCGAGGCUCAAAGCAAAAGAGAUCAGUCCAAGCAUGAUACAGGAAGUCUGGAUGACCAGGUUCAGCAGUUAAUGGCUGAGUUGCAUAAGAAAGAUGUGGAACUGAAACUGGAGAAGGAGCAAAACAAGCGGCUGUGGGAUCGGGACACCGGCAGCAGCAUCACUGUUGACCAUUUGCGGAGAGAACUGGACAACAAGAACAUGGAGCUGCAGCGCAUGGAGUCCAUUGUCAACUCCAUGAAGAUGGAGUAUCAGGAUCAAAUGGAACGCCAGAUGUCUUUGGCUAAAGAGAAGAAUGAAAGCCUUGAGAAGGUAGCUAGCAUGACAUCCCAGCAAGAGUCCACUAAAGAAAUGCUCCGUAGAGUUGUCGAAGAGCUGACGGAAAAGAAGAUAAACCUGGAGUCUGCAGAGAGGCAAGUGGCCGACCUGACGAAGUGUCUGCAAGAGAAAGAGAGAGUGAUCAAGAUGACCAACGAUGAAAUCCAGAAGCUCCAAGGACGGGUAGACAGCAACCAACGUGAGCUCCAGCAGCUGAAGAGCGAAGGUGAUCACCUCCAGAGUGUGCAAGCCGAUUGCGAGGCCUUUAAGAUGCAGGCGAAAGAGAAAGAGAAGAUAAUCGAGAUCCUGAGGAAGCAGAUUGACAACAUGACCCAAAUGGUGGGCCAGCAUGGACGGACUGCUGGUGCCAUGGAGUCAGAAAAAUCUCAGCUUUUGAAGGAAAUCAAUGACAAGAGACAGGAGCUCCAAGAACUUAAGCUUUCUCUGGACAAGAAAGACAGUUGGAUUCGUGAACUAGAGGCCAGCCUGAGUGAGAUGGAACUGGAAAAGGUUAAACUGGCAAACAUGAACGCCGAGCGGCUUCGAAGCAUGAAAGAGUUGAUGCUGGAACGAGACAACCUAAUGAUUGAAGUAAAAUCCAGCCGUCUUGAGCUGGCUGCACUUGCAGAGCAGUCUGAUGUUGCGAAUAAUGAUUACCGAAUAAAAACUGAAGAGCUGGAAACCACCGUGACCAAGCUGAAAGUGCAAUUGAAAUCUGCACAGAUUGAACUGGAGCAAACCAGAUCCACAUUAAAGACUAUGGAAGGGUCCGAUGGCCACGCCAUGAAGGUUGCCAUGGGGAUGCAGAAGCAAAUCACAGCCAAGCGAGGACAGAUAGACACUUUGCACAGCAAGAUUAAGUUCUUGGAGGAAGCAAUGACCAACGCGACUAAGGAGAAAUAUUACCUGAAAGAAGAGAGAAACAAGUUGAGCCAGGAGCUGAGCUGUCUGGCUUCUUUAAACAACAAAAUGAUGGUAGAACUGGAGAUUCUGCGAUCCCAGGACAAACGCAUGAAAGAGAAACUGGCUACCAUGGAGACAGCCCUCGAUAAGGCGUCUGUGCAGUUUGCAGAAUGUCAAUGCAUCAUGCAGCAGCAGGAGCAAGAAGUGAUGCGCUUCAAACUUCAGCAUGCUCUGGAAGUUCAAGAUCUGCAAGGGCCUGGCUACACACGGGGAUCCUCUUCUAUGAAAAUGCACCAUUCAGUCCUGCCUCAUUCCCACCCGUGCAGCACUCCGUCCUCUCAACCCUUUGCUGGCCACAUGUCUCUUAUGUUGUCCAGGGCCAACACCACAAAGGAGAACCCGUUGCGUGAUUUAAAGCAACUUCUCCAAGAACUGCGAACUACAAUUGACGAAAUUCCCUCUGUGAUAACUCCCAGGAGAGAAAGCGACAGCGAGACUGACUCUCUGAUGGAAACUGCCAGCAAUACUCUAGACCUCUCCAGCAAAGAAUGUAUUAGCAGAAGACCACAUGACUCUUUCAGCAGGGACAUCCCAAGCAGAGAUGUGCCUAGCGACUUCCUCCUGGGGCAGGAUACUUUCAGCAGGGAACCUUCAUUGUUGCACACUGCAGAUCUUGAGGAUCCAGACACUACUCUCUCUUUUCCAUCCAGUGUACCCAAAGUAUCUGGCAAGACGUGUUCCUCACUCCUACCUUUCCUUGCUCAUCUAAGAACUGAUCUUCCUGUUGGAUUUCCUGCCAGGCCAGCCUGAUCUCAGGAGCCAAGUAGGAUUUGGCCUGGUUAGUACUUGGGAGACCACCAAAGAAGUCCAGAGUUGCUAUGAAGGGGCAGGACGACGUCACCUUACAAGGUCACCAUAAGUAGGUUGUGAUUUGACAGCAUUUUCCACCACCGCCCCUCAGAGAUUUCUAGGAUUUCCUGGGUGAAGGGAAUAAUUACAGAUACUCUUUGAAAACUUUAUUAAACAUUCUCUUUCAGUUUUUUAAUGAUCCUUUUUUAUCGAAUGUAUUUAGUGACUCGUACGAUCUUCACUUCCACUCCUCGGUAUACUACUGCAAAGAAACUGUCUCCGGAGGAGCGGUUCAAAGUGAGGACCCCUAUGCAUAUGUUGCGAACUGCUCCGC